AUGUCAGUGACCUUUAUCGAGCCAAACGCAUCGAAAUAUCUAGGUUAUGGUUUACGAAGCUCUUCCAAUAGCCCCGGUUUACGGCAAAGCCAGUACAAGGAGGUAGUCGAUGGCGACUCUGGCUCUAAAAAGGACAGUACAAGAUUCAGAAGAAGGGUUAGCUUCGACACCAUAACCUCAGAUGUGCCUGCGACAACCAGCGGGACUGGCUCGGGUACCAAUGACUGGUCAUAUUUCUGGAAUUCUAGUGCGAACAAUAGUAGCACUGCUUUAUCGAUAAGCCCGCCUUUGAAUACUGGUUUCACCGGCAGCGCUGGUGCUAAUAUUGAUGGAAGGAGUGUACUUAGGAGUGUUUCGCCUCCGCCUUACGAUGCAUCUAUUGAAUUUGGCGGGGGUCUAUCUGGCCUUUACUCAACCAAUGCAGUAGAUAUGAUUGCAACCCCUGUUGUUAGUAAUAGUGGCACUGCUGGCGGUGCUACUAUAUCCAAUUCAGUUUCUGCAAAUCUCCGUGACUAUAUGAAAGACAAGGACAUGUCUUCAUUUGUGGUACAAACGCGGCAUAAAGGUUAUAAAACUAGCAUAUCCUCACGAACUAUUCUUUUCUCGCUAACGACCAAAGAAUAUUCAGAUCAGUCACUUAGAUGGACUCUAAAAAACCUGCUGGAAGAUGGCGAUGAGCUGGUAUGCUUAAAAAUGUAUCAUUCCAGUGAUGAACUCGAGUCGAUAGCUGCUGAUUAUGGCAAACGAAUCAUGUAUCAGAAGCGAGCAGAGGCUAUCCUGGACGGUAUUGUCAGUAUGGUUGAUCCUGAUCUGAAGAUUAAUAUCGUUGUUGAGCUAGGAAUCGGCAAAGUCAAGGCCCUGGCUCUGAAGACUUUGGUUCUUUAUCAGCCCUCGAUAGUAGUUGUUGGUACUAGUGAAAAAUCAUUUUCAAACAUCGCUAGAGUUAGGUACAAGAAGACCAUUUCAAGUUAUCUCAUUGCUAGGAGUCCUGUGCCCGUUAUUAUUGUGUCACCCACAAGAAUGACUACCACCACCAGUGAAGGAACUGUUUCUUCAGGAGGAAGUCUAUUCCGUAGGGGGUACAGUAUUACACCCAGUAUGAGCCCAACUGAUGUUUCAUGUUCGCUAUUGCCACCAGCUUCUGUGACCACGUCAGGGACUUCAAUUCUGACUCCCUUGUCCACGUCAUCGUCUGCUUCUUCUCCGCCUGUUAAAAGUUCGAUUCAACCUUUCCAGUUCGCACAGAAGAGACGGAGAAGCAGUACUAGUAGUGAAGCUGAAGAUGCAUGGCCUGCAAAUAAUAUUCCUGGAAGUUUGGCUUACUACAACUAUAUUAGUUCUGCUAUAAAAGCCAACUCAAAAAAUAUGCCCAAAAAACGAUCGAGUAGUUCAAAAAAAUUCCCCCAGAAGAUUGAUGUCGAUAAUGUUCCAGCACUUCCGACCAUUUUAUCACCUCCUAUUUAUUCACAGGAUAUAACUAGUACGAUAAGUACUAGUGUUCAAAUUCCUUCUGCUCAGUCUAAUGUACAGUCCAACCCACUGUCGGAUCAACCGUCGGUUACUCGGGUUAUUUCUCCUACUUCGGCUACAAGUACCCCAUACUCGAUGAUGAGUCCUGUCACUCCUCCUAUGGAGAUUUCACCAACCAUCGAAACUUCCAAAGGUGUUGAUAUCGAACCGAUGGUAGCAGCAAAUGUGGAUCCAAACUCUGAAGUCUGUGUUUUACCUCCUACCCCCGAUCUCAAGACACAGAUGCAGCCUACCCUUCCAGUUCCUUCAAUCACGUUUGCAGACCCUCAGCCACCUCAAGAAAAGUGUUCGUUUGAUGAUACAACUCGGACACUUCUCUUACGUAGGAGAUCUACCGAUGACACACGGUCGACCCCAUCAGCUGCUAAUCUCCGUUUAUCACCAUCAUUGUCGUCAGAUGCUGCAAUAAGCAGUUCAAGCAGCAACAACUCAUCCAGCAUAAACUUAACAACCUCUUCUAUGACGCGUAACAGGCGUGCUUCCUCUACAACUUCAAACCUUGCUCGCCAGACUAUCAAAUGGACAUCAAAACUUAGCCCCUCGUUUCUAAUACCAAAAUCUUAUCGGAGGAACUCUUAG